GGGAGGGAGAUAAAACCCUCUCAGACUUGGACACACCGCGCAAUGAGGGUUUCACUUUCAGCAUUCUAUCGCCACUGCUGUGCAAAAUAAGACCUACUUUACCAAAAUCAGACACAGAUUCAAAGGAAUCUCAUUCUUCUGCCAUUUUAAUCUUCAGGCUCAGACUUUCGCCUCUCCUCCGCUGUCUCCAUGUGCUGCUAAUGUGUCUUCUGCUUUCUGCAACACUAUUUUCUGACACUUCCAUGGCCGUCUCUCCUCACCCACCACCGUGUUUCCCUACCCCCUUUUAGUCACUGAAGCAACCAUGUCAGAGGACGUUACCAAUAUGAAGGAUCCUUUGUUUUUCGACAAGAGUUUUAGUGGUCUAUCGGAUGAAAUCUUUGAUGAUGUCAUAAAGUUUUUUGAUUUCCCGCUGGACGAUGUGGAAACUAACAUUGCGGAAGAAGAAGAUUGGGAUGCUCAAUUUAAACGCAUUGAAGAGCCAUCUUUUGAUGUAUUCUCAGCCUCAUCGUCUGAAUUCUGCGGUAAAACUGAAAAUGACAAUUUACACCUCGGAAGGACUUUCUCUUCGCGUAAGGAGAUUUACCACGUAAAACAAAUGGCGGGGGCUGCUGAGCCUAACGUCUCUCUCAACAGAAAGGGUCAGUCCCAGUUUCGAACCUGCAGCCCAGUCUCUGUAUUCGAAAGCACUACAUCUUCCUCCUGUGAGAGCUCCAACUUUGAUCUACCUGCCAUCCCGGGGAAGCGCCCUCGAGGGAGGCGCCGGCGUCUCUCCAGCUUCACGUCCCUAUUGCCAAUCGCGUUCGCCUCUGCAUCACCGGCAUUGCAAAAAUCUCGAAAGGGAGCUGCGACAGGACAGUUAUUAAACGGAGUGAAAAGAAAGCAGAGGAAGAAGGAUCUCUGCAUUAUCUCGGGCGAUAUCAUGAUGAACAAAUCCUCGUCAGUGGAGUCGGCCACCCCUAGAAAAUGCAUGCAUUGUGAAGCCACGAAGACCCCACAGUGGAGGGAGGGACCUAUGGGUCCAAAGACUCUCUGUAAUGCAUGUGGGGUUCGAUACAGGUCAGGCCGCCUCUUCCCUGAAUACCGCCCCGCGGCCAGCCCCACUUUCGUACCGUCUCUGCAUUCCAACUCUCACAAGAAGGUCAUAGAGAUGAGAACCUCAGCCCUGCAAGAGGCUGGGGCUUCUAUUUUAGGUUUCUCAUCGAAUUAACCUCCUUGAAAUCCUUUAGGAUUAAUAUCAUGUCAUAUUUUAUCGAGUGUAGUCCCAAACAGGUGCCUCCUUGUUCAUUUUUCUCGCUUUUUUUUUUCUCCUAUAAUUAUUAUGACGUCGCAUUGCUUCGCUUCAUUUUUUUUUUUUAUCAUGUAAAUCAGGGAAAUGUAAAAGGUGGCUCCAGCACUAGAACAAUGUUGCUGCGUGUUAGGCAUUCUGGAAACAAGGUGUCAAUUUUUAAACAGAA